GUUGUUCCGCCAUUGGUGAAGGGAAGCCAUACUUCAUCUCUAGGAAUUUCAACACUGUGCUCCACUGGAACAAGUUCGACAGCCCAGAUGAAAGGGUCCUUUACAGUGUCCAUUACAAAAGGUACGGAGAUCCAUACAAGCUGAAUAUGGCGUGCCAGAACAUCACAACUCUUUCUUGUGACCUCACUGCAGAGACACCAUACAUCUAUCAAAAUUCAUACUGUGCUCAGGUUUUCGCCAACAGUCACUCCCUAGGCCAUACAGCACUGUUUAAACCUCUGAGAGACACCGUCCUUGGGCCACCCAAUGUGUCUGUGAAAGCCACAACAUCAUCUUUAAAAGUGACUGUCACCCUACCGUUAGGACCGGAUAAUAAGACUUCCAUCGAGGAGAUUUUCAACAGUACCAGCUUUUCCUACCAUAAUCCUCCAACCGUCUAUACCCUCAACAUCACUCGUCCUAGCUGGGCAGCACAGGUCCACGAAAACACAACUGGAGAGUUUGUCCUCAACAAUCUAAAGAACAUCAGUGUAGAGUACUGUGGCUAUGUAGUGUACGUCCCAACUGUAGAAAGGCACCGAAAUCCCAGUGAGAGCCAUACAUUCUGUGUGGCAUUACCAGGUUACCCCCGGCUGCUGUUCCCCUGGUUCCUCCUCUUAGGGUGUCUGUGA